CAACAUUGUUUUGUUCGUGCUGUGGGGGUGGUAUGAGGUGGAAGUACUUUCUGUCUGUCGUAAAGGUCGAAAAUCCAGUGUAAAAAAUCCCAUAUUUUUUUCAGGAAAAAAUAUAACGUGCAAACAAUCCACUAUCUACUCGAUAAGCAAACCUCUGAUCACACACUAACAGUAAAAACUCUACUUUUACCUUGAAAAUUCUACAGAAAUCACAAUGAAGCAACGACAAGAGGAAAACCUCGACAGCAAAACUCGGAUGGAGGAAAAUCGAAAUCUUCCACCGGCUCUCAAGAAACUGCUUGCAUGGGAUGUGGUAAUGACUAAACAGUUUGUCAGUUUUAUGCUCAACUUUGUUCCGUUCCGAUCGUUGCGGACGCACUGUAAAAUUUUGGAGUACUCGUGUCAUGGAAUCGCCUGGCUUGCCGGUUGGCUUGCAUUUUGCUGGAUGAUUGACAAACCAGAAUGGUACCAGAUGCAGGUCAAUCUGUUUAUUGGUCUUUUGACCGACAUCGUUUUGGUGGCGGUUAUAAAAGCUGCCACAAGACGCCGCCGUCCGGCCGUGAAUGACGAUCCAUUUUGCAUCGGACCGGAUAAGUUCAGUUUCCCAUCGGGACAUGUCUCUCGUGGUGUUUAUAUCGUUACUUUUCUAACCUGGCUUGAUCCAAUUACCAUCGUCUUCUGGCCUCCGCUAUUAGCCUGGUGUGUGUCCCUAUGUCUGUCCCGGCUGCUACUCUAUAGACAUCAUAUCCUGGACGUUCUAGCAGGAGUGGUACUAGGGCUCUUCAACGCUUUCUUGGUAUCCAUACUCUGGCUAGAUCAGGAAAGCUGUGUUUGGCUAAUCUCAUAUAUGACUGAUGAGAAAAUUUCUGGAGCAGAAUAUGGAGUUUAAUAAACCAAAGAAAGGAAAAAGGAUUUGCUUCGCUACAAAAUCUAUUAUUUUUUUCAUAUGACUGAAAACAAAGUUUGAUGCCAUA